AUGGCCUAUCCAAAUACUCCGUUUCCUCUCCUCAACCUCCCUCGCGAACUCCGCGAAAUCAUCUACGAAUACACCUUCACAACAACCACUGUCUCCACCGCCGCCACUUCCAAUAUCAAUUCCCGCAACGCUGGCCUCCUCACAAGCAAACGAACCCGCGCCGAGGGUCUACAGCUCUACUACACCCUCACGACAUUCACUCAACCCUUCCACCCAGUCCACGAGCAAAUUCUCGCCGACCUCCUCCACUUCUUCACAUCCAUCCCCACGGAGCACCGCCGCCUAGUCAAAACCGUCCACGUCAGUCUCUCCAACUCGAAGGGCGCGGCAGGGGGUCCGAAGACUCAUGCGCUGAUGAGGAGGUAUUUUGAUGGUGAGUUGAGGGGGUUUGAGAGGGAGUUGUUUGAGCGGUUGGAGGGGAAGGUUGGGGAGGGGGUUUUGCAGGUGGAGGUGUUUUGCUGGGAUGGUGAGAGGGAGAGGAAUGGGAUGGUUUGGACGGGGAGGCCGGUGGGGGUUGAGUAG